AUGUCGUGUGCGCAACUUGAAGUGGAGCAUGACGGGCGAUUCGGAAUUCGGAAUCCAAUUCACGACAAGAAGAUGUCGUACUGCUCUUUCUUGUGGAGCACGAACCGUUUCCUCCCGCUCCUUCUCCUACCGAACGCUAUCACUCGAACCACACUGACCAUCAUUCAUCAAGAUGCCGCACAGUUCCUCGCCGUCACCUCCCUCCUCCCCUCCGACCCGGACCACACCCUCAUGCUCUCGCUCAAAUGCACCUCCUGCCACGAGGUCCACCCCAAACUCGUCGGCGUCACACCCAGCGACUCGCACGAAACGACAAAGGGUGCACGUGGCAGCGCCAACCUGGUCAUGAGCUGCGGCUUCUGCAAGAAGGAGAGCUCGGCCAAGUUCGAAGAGCCCACCGCGAAGGAGCCGCUGUGGAGACCCAUCGAGGCGGAGGGCGAGGGCGAAGGCGCCAAGUGGCAGACGCUGUGCGUGCUGGAUUUCAGAGGGUUGGAGCCGGUCGGAUUCGAGGCUAGUGGCACAUGGACGUGCAAAGGUCUCGAAUCAGGUACCCUCUUCGACAGCGUAGAGUUCGACGAUGGCGUUGAAUGGAUGGACUACGAUGAAAAGGUGAGUCGACCAGAGGCCGCGAGAUCAGUUCACGGAACGGGCAAAGCUGACAUAACCCGCUACGCUGUUGCUCUGCGAACUGUUCGAACAGGCCGGAGGCGAAGUCAGCAUCAUGGAGCUCGAACAUCGAUGGCAGCGAGUAUAAGCUCGAAUGCUGAGAUAACACAGACGAUCGUCAAUCCCAUCUCAUUGCAGGAUCAGAGGCUGAAGCAUCGACUGUCGAAACAUGUGGGAGCUGUGAACGUCUUGCUUAGCUCAUGUCGUGGCAUCGGCUGCUGA